UUUUUUCUAAUUUUGUUUUAGAGAUUCCAUUCCCAAACAACACAACACUAAUGCGUCUAGCCGCCACGUGUCCACCUCGUUCGUCUUAUAUAGUCAUCCCUCUUCUUUUGCUUGAGAAGUUUCAAACAUCUUCUUUCUGGUUUCUUUUAUGCUAUAAACCAGGAAAACAAAAAAGCAAGGGGGAAAACGGUUAAUUAUGAUGAAACUUGGGGCCGAUUUGCAAUUUCCGCCUGGAUUUAGAUUUCAUCCGACGGAUGAAGAGCUUGUACUCAUGUAUCUUUGCCGUAAAUGCGCGUCGCAGCCGAUUCCUGCACCGAUCAUCACCGAACUCGAUUUGUACAGAUAUGAUCCUUGGGACCUUCCCGACAUGGCUUUGUACGGUGAAAAGGAGUGGUAUUUUUUCUCACCGAGAGAUCGAAAGUAUCCCAACGGUUCGAGACCAAACCGUGCAGCUGGUACUGGCUAUUGGAAAGCUACCGGUGCUGAUAAACCGAUAGGUCGUCCUAAACCGGUCGGUAUCAAGAAGGCUCUAGUCUUCUACUCCGGAAAACCUCCGAACGGAGAGAAAACCAACUGGAUUAUGCACGAAUACCGGCUCGCUGACGUUGACCGGUCGGUUCGCAAGAAAAACAGUCUAAGGCUGGACGAUUGGGUAUUGUGUCGUAUAUAUAACAAGAAAGGUGUCAUCGAGAAGAGACAGACCGGUAUCGUGAACGACACGUGUUCACCGGAAUCUGUGGCGAGAUUGGUCGCCGGCUCGGAAUCGGAGCAAGUGGUGUCGCCGGAAUUCACGUACAGUAACGGUCGGUCGAGUAAUCCCCUUGAUUUUCCGUUUAAUUACGUAGAUGCCAUAGCCGAUAACGAGAUUGUCUCACGGCUAUUGGGCGGCGGGAAUCAGAUGUGGUCGACGUUUGAUCCACUUGUGGUUCGGCAGCAGAGAACUUUCUAAAGUUUGUCCACCCACCACGUGCGAUAAUAGUUUAGUGGAAACUGGAAACUAACUGACACGUGCGGUUAGGUGGUUUGAAAAGUUGCUAGCUGAGCCAGAAGGGUAGUAACGAGGUUGGGCUUUUCAGCUACAAAUUGGGCCUUGGCUUUUUGUUUCUCUCCUCUGUUAGUACGAGCUACUGUGUUGUGUAUUAUUGCUCCACAAAGCAAUAUUAUCCAACUGUUCUGGAAUAAGAAAAAUUACAAAUUCAUUCUUAAAA